GGGAUUUCUUCCACGUGCCCAACGUGAAAAUAAUGGCAUCACUUCAUAAUGGCUUGGAACUGCUGCUCUAACGAGGGAAAACUGAAUUUCUCUACCCAGAGUGUGAUAAGGGACAGCCCUGUCAUGGCAUGACCAAGAACUUCUGCCUCGAAUCAUCAGAGACCCCUGGAAAAGCCAAACUCCUGCAGGGCACAUUAGAACACAAGGAGGAGAAUGGACUCAAACUCCUAGUUGGAUUGGCCUCACUUGGAUUUGCUGAAUUACAACAGGACUUACAAGUACCUUUAUCUGGAAGGAAAUAUCUCCUACGUGGACUUCUACCUCCACCAGCCUUGGGUGGCUGCUGUCUUCAUCACCUCCUACCUGCUCAUCUUCCUCCUGUGCAUGGUGGGCAACGGGGGGGUUUGUUUCAUCGUGCUGUGGAGCAGGCGCAUGCGCACGGUCACCAACCUGUUCAUCCUGAACCUGGCCAUCAGUGACUUGCUGGUGGGGCUCUUCUGCAUGCCCACCACCCUCCUGGACAACAUCAUUGCAGGUUAUCCAUGCUAUGAAAGUCACACUCUCAGGUCCAGGAGGGAGCAGGAGCUCGACUGUGCCACCCUGCCCCGCAGCAGCAGCGAUGCCGCAGCCGUGCGCAGGAGGACCAAGCUCCCCACCAUCACCAGGACAGAAGUAGAAACUCACAGGUUCUCUAUCAAUGGCCACUUCUACAACCACGAGACAUCCGUUUUCACUCCGGCUUUUGGGUCAGAAACCAAAAUAAGAAUCAACAGCCAGAUGAGAACCAGACAAAUGAUAGAGCAGUUGCUUCGGAAGUUUAAGAUAGAAAACAGCCCCCAUGAAUUUGCACUUUACGUUGUCCAUGCAUCUGGAGAAAAGAAGCAGCUGAGGAGUAGAGAUGUUCCCUUGCUGCACAGGCUGCUGCAGGGGCCCUCUCAGAAGGUUGCCAAGUUCUUUCUCAUGGAUAGGGAUGUGGAAGAGAUCAGCAGUGAUGUGGCUCAGUACAUUUCAUUCCAUCUUCCCUUCUUGGAAUCCAUUCUGCACAGAAUAAAUGAAGAGGAGAAGCAGGAGAUUCAACAGACAACUGCAAGGUACACACGAGAGAAGAGGCUGAUCCAGCAGCACCUGAGCAGUCGGAGCAUUCAGAAAACAGAGACCACGGUGUGAGGGGACGGCCCUGGAGAGCACUGGGAAUGCCCCUGGAACGCCUGGGCUGCUGAAGGACAGUCCUGCUGCCUUCUGGGCUGGGACUGAGCAGUGACAGUGCCCCGUGGGAGAGGUGUCCCCUCACCAUUAACCCCUGCAGCGCUGGGGUGCGGGCUGCAAGCACCCACGGAGAUGCACACUGCCCAAACUGCAGAUGCUGGCUCUGACUUGGAACUUGGGCAAAAACUCCCCUGAAAAGCCCAAGGCUUUAAAUCCUGCUCAUGUGUGACCUGGCACCAAGAGGCUGGCGUAGAAAAAUGCUGCAAUAACCAAUGUGUUGAUAGAAAAUGUGCAAACUAGGAAUAUGGUUAUCCCUCUGUUAAAGAAAUGUUGUGUUAUAUCAGCAGAAAGCUUUUCAGUAGAGCCAAGUGGCAGAAGAUAUUUAUGUAUUUAAGACUGCAGGUAGGAUUUCCAUUUAAGUUAUAAAACAUCCAUGCAAGAUGCCUGAAAUCCAUGGGAUUCAGGCUGAUGGAUGCUGAAACUGCUUAAGCUUUGAGCUGCUGUUAGAAAAACAUAACUGGAAACCCUCCCACUGAGGAGCUGCUGAACUCUUAGCAAUGACAGGGAAUUUAUUGCUGAAAUACCUCGAGCACUGCAAAGUAAGAAUUGACUGAACGCUGUGGGGUCCUGAAAGGCAGCUCAGUGGUUUCUGUACUUGGAAUUGUUGAUUGUGUUCCUUCCUGAGUGUUCUGUUUGACGGGGAAUGGAGGUGCUCAGUGAGAGGCCGCGUGUCACAGCCAGGGAGGGCUGGGCCCACGGCCUCCCAGGGAUGCAGUUUGGCUCCAGCCCAGCCCCACGCAGGGCACUGCAGCCCCUGCCAGGUCCUUCCUGGCUGAGCUGUGCUCCAUCUUAGAGCUCCAGUUACAGAGAUGUAAAUAAAAUAAAGCUGUGCACAGCUCUCUGUCCUCCUGCACUACCUGGCUGUCUUUACCUGGUGUCUGUGCCUUACCUCACUGCCUUUGUCUCGUGCAGGUAACAAAUGCUUGUGAGGGAGGAAAGGGAUGUGCAGAAUAUGUGGCCUCGAAAUUGUAUGGAGUAAAUCAAAUUGUAAAACUUUACACUGCCCAAAAUCCUGUUACUAAGAUGGGAAUUCAGAAAGUAAAGGUCAAGGUGCUGAUAUUGAAUCUCCUCAGGUUGCAGCAAGUGUGUUAUUUCAAAGUACAGUUUAUAAUCCUGCCCAGGAGAAUGGGUAGGGACAAGGGAGCACAGAGGGCAGAAAUAACAAUAACUCAUGGUUGAGGUAAGAA